UAAAUAACGACAAUGGAGUUCAUAAAAUAAUCGAUAACUAUUUUAUGUAGUAUUCAUCAUGAUCAGUUCAAACUCCUACAGAUACUUGUUUAUGAAACUGGAAAAAUAGCAUAGAAUACCAGUGCCCGGGUUUGUGAAAAUGGUUGAAUGUUAUUAAGAUCAUGAAGUACUACGUUUGGAAUUUGUCUGUACUUCACUUUAAGUCAUUAUUCGGUCACCCAUUUCAUUCUAACUUAAAUACUUUCAACUAAGAGUUAUUUUACCGCUAUGCUAUUCCGCUGAAUGUCAACUAAAGUCGAGAUGCAUUUGUGCAAUAUGUUUGAAUAACAAACGAAAUUAGAAUUAUUCCUUUCAAUAUUGCCAAGGAAACUUGCGAUUUUCAUUUACGGUUUAUUGAAAAUCCUUGAAUUAACGUACAGUGUUGGAUUGGGGAAAUGUCUUUACAAUAAUUGCGUUUGAUGUGGAAGUAAAUUAAUUAGCUGGUUUGUAGUGUAAAUAAAUUAGUGAGGCAAUACUUAAUCAUUACUGGUUUUUAGUAGUGACGUUAUGUUAGUGUGUAUAAAAAAGAAGACACACAGAGCAUCGAUGCAUAAUACGGCCUUGUAAGGCACAAAUACAUGUCUGCAUAUCACUCCAUGACAAGGUCAAUAUUGAUCGAUCGAUUAAAAGGCGUCAAUGCUUUUUAAACUGAGAUCAAUUAUUCAAAAUACAUUUCUAGGAUUUUACCGCAUCGAAUUCUUCUUACUCGCUGACUGAUUUUAGGAUUACUCGUAUACAUUCCACUGUGAAAUCAUCUGUACAUUCCUAUUUAAAUCUGUGAUCAUACCACUAGCUUUCAUCAUUGGUGGAAAUACAGAGACAUUUAUCACUACCGACAUUCAACUUUGAAAGCUUCUCCUUCCUUGUGUACACAUGUUCGUAAGACCGCCUGCAGUUCGAACAGCCAGAAAUCCUCGUAGACGCCCCCCAUCCGCACGUGCUUCUCUGGGUAUAGCAGGUCGUCCACUGUUACGACAAGUGGUCAGAAGUCGUCGAUCAGAUCCAGUCCGUGAAGCAUAUGUUUUCGAAGUUAGAGAAGGUCCUGUGGUUAACAGCAGCACAAAUGCAGGUGCUGCAGUGAUGAUACCCCAGCCAUGGGUUAUUGUGCACGAUUAUUUCAAGGGAAGUAGUUUUGUUAGUCUUCCUGUGUCUAUUUGCAGCACACUAUUGAAACACCUAUUGACAUGUUCUAUGGCUGAUGAUGAUGAGCACCAGAUAGAAAGUUCAGAAGAUAGUGAAGUCGAGUGUAGUUCUUCACCUUCGCCUAAAGAUAAGGAAGAGGCGAGUUCGACUGAGACACUCGGUGAAGCAGUACCACAAGUUGAAGGUGAGACGGUGACCAAAAAAGCCUCUUCGAGAGUGGGAUCUCGGACAUUUCAGCUGAGUUUAUUGAAACCCAUAAGAAUAGUAUGUGAAGCAACGGGAUGUACACUAGAGGUGACAGCACGUAAUCCUGUAGCAAAGCACACAUCUGUUAAUUCAGCAGAACCAACACAAACAGUGCAAGCGGAUCUUGACAAACGAUGGCUUGUUUCAGCUCCACUGGAAGUUCGGACAAAUGUUUCUUCAAGUGUUGAGCAAGCUGUUGAUAACAGUGGUAUCGGCAGUACCACUAAUGGAAGUGGUCGACGUCAGAACUUUUGGGAGAGGCGUGGUACAUUGGAAUUACAUGAGAGAUUAAUGCCUCAGCUGUUAACAUUUCUUGCCGAUGUGGUGACUCGUUAUCGAGCAAUUGAUCUAAUUCCGAAAGUGAAAUCAUUAUAUAGUAUGUCGGGAGAAAGAAGUUUCUUAUUCAAUUUGAAAGAUACUCGAUGGGGAAAACGACUUCACAUUUCGCAAGUUACAGACCUACAUCGUAAUAUUAUCGGUAUUCCAUUAGAGGAUUUGGUCAGUUUCCGUUCAAGGUUAGAUACAGUGAUACAAAGUUUAGGACUGGAGAACCAAUAUGCCAUACGCUCGUCUAUUUAUAGAAGCAUUGAUAAUCGGUCAACACAUAAGGAACAGUAUACACCAGUUCCAUCUCACAAUGCAUCUAAUGUGCCAAGCGAAUCCGUGGAUGGUACAAAAAGAGACGAUCAGAAUAAUCAAAUUCAUACGAACAAUACACGAAAUCGUACUAGUCAUGGACGUGAAAGACGCUCUUUACGUACAGGUGUAUUCGCAGUGAAUAAUGUGGAAGGCGGACACGUAGGGAUAUAUGAAAAUGAGUCUGGAUCGCGACAGAACUAUGGUAACAGAUAUGGAAGACGCAGUAAUCGGACAAAUAGUGGACGUGGACAUCAAGUAAAACAAGCAGAUAAAAAUCAGAUACCUUCUAAUCGAGAUUUAAAAACAUCUGAUGAAAUUAAAAAUGAUGAAGCAAACACGAAUCCUGAUACUCAGAACUCACCGGAACCUACUGUUGAAGUGGGUGGAAUGACACCUGCAACUGAUGCCAGUGCAUAUGUAUGAUUUUUGACUGCAUAGUAGUUAUUAUCAUAUAAGUAUUUUGAAUAUGUUGUCUACAAUUAUCAGCAGACUAUAUUGUAUUUGUUUCCUCUAUAUAUAUAUAUAUAAUAUGCAUUAGAAGAUUGUAUAGUUGCUAUUGCGCUUCGCGUUUGUGUGUUAUCUCAAAAAAAAAACCAACAGAUGAACUCAAUCAUAUGAUUUUAAACUUUCUAAUAUUUCACGUUGUAUUAUUGAACCAGUGAAUGAGAAUGAUUGUCCCUUCUUUUUUUGAGUUGGGGGCAUAUAUAUUGAUGUUUAAUAAAGCCAACCAAACUGUUCAUUCAAUAAAAGAAUUAUUCCUACAUAUCCCCCCAUGUUUCAUCAAUUUGCACGUUUUUUGUGAGGAAAAACAAAAAUACAAUUUUAUUGAACUGAGAA